AUGCCACCAAAACGAUCAAGAAAGAUAUCAAAACCAGUCACUCCCCACGUGUCUGCCAACCAGAGCACGUACUUUCCAUUAAAUCUCAUAUCAUGGCUGCACGAAACGGACGGAUCGCAUCUCGUUCUACCUUUGAUUCUCGUCUUUACCAUUCUCAUCAAAUGGAGAAAAGGACAAGAACCCAUCCACGGUGACUUUGAAGCUCAACGACACUGGAUUGAAAUCACAUACCACUUACCCAUCAACAUGUGGUAUCGCUACGAUUUGAAGUAUUGGGGAUUGGAUUAUCCUCCGCUGACUGCUUAUCAUAGUUUGAUUAUGGGUGAAUUUGCAAACGCCAUACAACCGUCAUGGAUUGCACUAGAUACAUCUAGAGGCAUUGAGUCAGAGUCCCUCACAGUGUUUAUGAGAGCAACUGCUCUUAUAACCGAGUAUUUGAUAUAUGUUCCUGCUCUGAUUAUGUUUGUAAGGAAUUCAUGGUACAGGACACGGCAAUCUCAAGAUCUUUGGAUACUGCUAGUUCUGAUGCAGCCGGCGCUGAUGAUUAUAGACCAUGGGCAUUUUCAGUACAAUUCCGCCAUGCUUGGACUCUCACUACUAGCAAUAGCAUGUUUCGCAAGCAAUCGAUACCUUUAUGGAGCAGCAUCAUUUGUCGCUGCCAUCUUCUUUAAGCAGAUGGCAUUAUACUAUGCACUUCCGAUAUUCGCGUGGUUGUUGGGUCGGUGCGUUGGUGGUGGUAGUCAGAGGUCACCUAGUUUCUCUCACGGAUUUAAACUUUUUAUAGAGCUCGGAAUCAGCGUCCUCAUAACAACCACCAUCCUCCUAUCCCCAUUCCUCGUGGCAUCAUCACCACUCGACGAACUCGCCCAAAUCCUGCACAGAGUCUUCCCUAUAGAACGAGGCCUCUUUGAAGAUAAAGUUGCUAGUUUCUGGUGUGCCCUAAACGUCAUCAUCAAACUCCGGACUCUCUUCUCAACACAGCUGUUACUUGGACUGAGUACUGGAUGUACGCUCCUCGCACUAGCUAUACCUUGUGUGAAUGCAUUCGUAUAUCCGUGGUCGCUGAAACGAUUAGUGUAUGGACUGACAGCGUCGUCGUUAACAUUCUUCUUGUUUUCGUAUCACGUGCAUGAAAAGUCAAUCUUGCUGGCUGUUAUGCCUGUGACUCUGUUGGUUAUGGAGGAGGGUGCUGUGGCUGUUUGGUUUAAUAAUGUUGCCAUGUUUAGUAUGUGGCAUCUGAUACAAAAGGAUGGACUACAACUACCGUACUUUGGAAUACUGACUCUCUUCAAUUUCUUCACGUGGUCAUACUUUGCAGAGGAAUGGAAUGGGAUACGAUGGAGGAUUGUUGUGCUUUCGCAUCUUCUCCUCGCAUCGCUACACGCACUGGAAUACAUGCUACCACCACCAGAACGGUACCCACAUAUACACGUAGUUGGCAAUGUGCUGGUCUCUGCUGCACAUUUCUGUGGCUUCUUGGUUUACUUUACGUGGAGGAUGGUUCAUAUGCCACCACAUGAUGAAAUUGUGGAUAGGAAAAAGGACGAAUAG